AUGGUGAGGCCAAUUUUCUACAAGGUGGAUCCUGCUGAUGUAAGAUACCAGAAAGGCAAUUAUGGUGAAGCAUUGGCUAAGCAUGAAAGGAGAUUCCCAGAUAACUUGGAAAAGGUGGGAAGAUGGAGGAGAGCACUUACAAGAUCAGCAAAUUUGUCUGGUUGGCAUUACAAGGAGCAAGAAUAUGAAUCCACAUUUAUCGACAACAUAGUUGAGGAGAUCUCACUCCAACUACUCAAUCAGACAUAUUUGGAUGUGGCUGAGUAUCCUAUCGGAAUAGAUUCUCGUGUCCAGGAUAUUGAUAAACUUUUAAGUGUUAGUGGAAAUAGUCGUUGCAUAAUUGGGAUAUGGGGAUCUCCUGGAUUGGAAAGACGACAAUUGCCAAAGCUGUUUAUACCUCAAUUGCACAUAGAUUUGACGGCAGAUGGGGAGCUAAAUGCCGAGAGGGAGCGGGCACGUGAGAUUCAGGGUGUGUUAGAUUGCGGCCAAGUGGAUUGUGAGGAGAUGAGGCGGGUGAUUGACGAUGGGAUCGCAAGAAGGAUGGAAUUGGAGCGAUCACUUGCAGUGGAGGAAUCUCAGCGGCGGGAGGCCAAGGAUGCUGACCGGCAGGUCCAGGAUCGCAAUGCCAAGUUGGAGCUUCGUGGCGCGACCUCGGAAAGUUUGGCUCCAUAUCCCGAUCGCGUGGUUGAGUUGGAAGGUCAACUUGGUACUUUGGGAAGAGAGGUUGACCGCUUGAGGGUCAUUAAGUGCCAAGCUGGCGAGAGGGAUGUAGAGCUGGAGCGAUUAAGGAAGGAGGUGGAUGAGGAGUGA